AUGGCCAGGUUCCAUCGCAGAAGGCUGAGAUCCCGGACUUCCUCAGACUCUCCUCGUCUCCCACACACAGUUCGCCGCAGGAUAAAGAUUCGUAUCUGUGGGGAGGAACAAGCAGGCUGUGACGAUCAGCUGGCACACUCCCGCAGACCCGUGCAGCGUGAUGACAUCAGUUCCUCUCCAGCCUCCCAUUGCAGAGGAGUUUCUCCCUUCUCAUGUCCUUUCCUCACGACUCCUCUCUCCCUUCAGAUUGUCACCUUUAGGGACUAUCUACCCAUCCUACUGGGGGAUGAGAUGCAGAAGUGGAUACCCCCAUACCAAGGCUACAGUGAAACUGUAGACCCCCGAAUUUCCAAUGUCUUCACCUUUGCUCUCCGCUUUGGCCACUUGGAGGUCCCCUCCACUGUCUCUUGCCUGGAUGAGAAUUAUCAGCCCUGGGGUUCAGAACCUGAGCUCCCUCUGCACACGCUCUUCUUCAACACCUGGAGGCUGGUCAAAGACGGUGGAAUUGACCCUCUGGUUCGAGGCCUGCUGGCCAAGAAGGCCAAGUUGGUGCGUCAGGAUAAAAUGAUGACUGGGGAACUCCGCAACAUGCUGUUCCAGCCGAAUCACACCAUCCAUGGCAGUGCUGUGGGACGCUUCGACCUGGCUGCCAUCAACAUACAGCGCAGCCGAGACCACGGACAGCCUGGGUACAACUCCUGGAGAGCUUUCUGUGGCCUGUCACAGCCAAAGACACUAGAAGAGCUGAGUGCUGUCCUGAGAAAUGAGGUACUGGCCAAGAGGCUGCUGGAUCUCUAUGGAACCCCCGACAACAUCGAUAUCUGGUUAGGGGCCAUUGCUGAACCGCUGGUCCACAGGGGUCGAGUAGGGCCUCUCCUGACCUGCCUCCUGGGACAGCAGUUUCAGCGGAUCUGAGAUGGA